AUGGCUCCCACAGCUGCUCAGCGCACGUGGGAGGCUGAGAACAACAUCAUUACUGUCGACCUUCAGUCCAAUGCACUCUACCAACUACCGUCGGCCGCAGAAUACUCGGCGGCGCAUGACGCGAAACCAUGGCGUACAGACCUCAAUCACUUCACACAUGUCAGAAUAUCAGCACUGGCUCUUCUCAAAAUGACGAUACACGCCCGCAGUGGUGGCAGCAUUGAGAUCAUGGGCUUGAUGACAGGCUACUUCUCAGGCACUUCUAUCAUCGUCACCGACGCCUUCCGGCUCCCAGUCGAAGGCACAGAGACACGUGUCAAUGCUCAGGGUGACGCAGACGAGUACAUGGUCUCAUUCGGCGAACUCUCACGCAACGGUGGUGGCCAGCAAGAGAACCCUAUCGGAUGGUACCACUCACAUCCUGGCUACGGCUGCUGGCUUUCCGGCAUCGAUGUAGGCACCGAGCGACUACAGCAAAGCCUAAACGAUCCUUUCGUCGCCGUUGUCAUUGACCCCGAUCGCACCGUCUCCGCAGGCAAGGUCGAGAUUGGUGCCUUCCGCACCUAUCCCGAGGGCAGCAAACCUCCAACCAAUAAAGCCACAACCGAAGACGACGAAUUUCAGGCCAUCCCAUCGAGCAAAAUCGAAGACUUUGGUGCGCAUGCCAACUCAUACUACGCUCUCGAAGUCACACACUUCAAGAGUACUCUCGACAGUCACCUUCUCGAUCUCCUCUGGAACAAGUACUGGAUCUCCACCAUUUCCCAAUCCCCUCUUUACACCAAUCGAGAAUACACCAAUGCUCAGAUCCACGACCACUCCCUCAAACUGAAGUCCGCAGCAAAUAAAUCCCGUAACGCAGGCCCAUCCAUGACCGCAAGGACGAGAGAUCUUGUCCCCAGCACAGAUCCAGUCACGAACAUUAGGUUACAGAAAGACGGCGAAAUGGACAAGCUUGCGCGCACAGGUGACCGCAUCGCGAGCGAGGAAGUCGCAGGCCUGCUCGCUGACGAAGUCAAGCAUAAGCUCUUCUUUGGUGUGGUGCAAGAGGCCAUGGCAGUCCCCACUGCGAGCGCACAGGUGUCUGUAUAG